UGGGAGUUGUCGCGUGUGUGUCGCAGCAUAGCGCGAGAACGCGUGCUUGUGCUUUUCCGCAUCGUGUUUAAGCACGCUCGGGAUUAAUUUCGGCUUUCAAAGUCGACCGGAUCGUUUCCCGAGAAAUAUUGAAAUUAUAAAGGGAACACAUUGAAAUACAAAUUUAUGACGAAUCGAUAGUAAAUACGCUCGGAAUUGGUACCGCGCGCGAACUUCGCGACGUACUCGCGACGAUGAAUGGAUGAAGAAUUCCGUCAAAUCGAGUCAGUCUAUCGAUCCUUUGGAAUAAUGUGUAACUCCAAGUUGCUUGUUAACGCGUGUAAAAGUGACGUGGUGCUCCGUUUUUUACGCUGAAUCUCAAGCCCCCUUGUUUCAAUCGUAGUUUGAGAUGAAAAAAAAUAAUUAAAUUAAAACUCGGAGUUUUGCCCCAUCUUUUCGUUGCUCAUUCGUCUUUGCUGAGUAGAACGUGCGCCUCCGAGGAGUUCGAUAAAAGCAAAACGAACCAAACGUGUCGUCGUUACUCAGUGCUCAAUUUGGGAUUAUUUUAUUCGACGAUUUCUGUGUUAUCCAAACGUGUCCACCAAGUUCAAAUCCAUAUUUCGAACCCCCCCUCGAAAUAUUCUGUUUAUCAAUCGUCUCAUUGAAAUAAUCAUUGGAAAUAAAUAAAUAAUAAAAACAGCCAUGACUGCUGAUCGCUUGUUCGAGACUACCAGCAUACCGGGACAUCUCGCUCCCACGCCCGAGAGACUGGAGAGGCUUCUUUCAAAACAGACCCUCGAGGAACUGUACGAGGUCGAGGAACAGCCUUUCGCACGAGGAAAAUACGCAACUGUACGAAGAUGCAGAGAAAGAUCGAACGGACGUCAGUGGGCGGCCAAGUUUUUGAGAAAAAGGCGAAGGGCCCAGGAGCUCAGAGCCGAAGCCCUUCACGAAGUCGCGGUGCUGGAUGCCGCGGCCCACUGCCCGCGGCUCGUUUCCCUCCACGAAGUUUUUGAAACGAAUACGGAAAUGGUCCUCGUACUCGAACUGGCUCCUGGUGGAGAACUGCAAAUGGUGCUAGACAGGGACGAAGUACCCGAGGAACGACAAGUGGCCAGGCUCCUUAGACAAAUUCUCGACGGUAUAGCUUUCCUUCACUCCUUCAAUGUAGCACAUCUCGAUAUAAAGCCUCAGAAUUUGGUUCUAACCGGUGAAUUUCCCGAAUGCGACGUAAAACUCUGCGAUUUUGGUAUUUCGCGAUACAUCAGCCACGGCGCCGAUAUUCGGGAGAUUUUGGGCACGCCCGAUUAUGUCGCCCCAGAAGUCUUGAAUUACGAGCCGAUAAGCCUCGCUACCGACAUGUGGUCAGUCGGUGUAUUGCUGUACGUAUUGCUGACGGGUUGUUCGCCGUUCGGUGGUGACACGAAGCAAGAAACAUUCUGCAACAUAAGCCGCUGCCGUCUCGAUUUUCCUGACGAUCUUUUCGAGGACGUUUCCGAAGAGGCUCGCGAUCUCAUGCGCAAACUGAUGGUCAAAGAUCCAAGUGAGCGUUUGACCGUGACGGAGUGUCUGCAGCAUCCUUGGUUCGCGUCGUUCAACGAUCCCGAGACGCCACUGACGCUGUCGAUCGGUGCCGAAGAGCGGGAAGUCUCGAGCCGCGUUCCGGGCGCUGUUAUGAGUUCGAUAAGCGAGGAGUCGUCGCUGCCAGAGAGAUCGUCGACUCCGGAUGCCCUGGAAUCGUCCAUGACGAAGUUGGAGACGCUCGAGAAGCGGAAGUCGUCGUUGUCCUCGUCGUCCUCGUCGUCCUCGUCGUCCUCGUCCUCGUCGACCUCCUCGACCAUAACGACCAGCUCGAUCGUCAAUUCGUCGACCGACGCGAGCGACUCGUCCUCGAAGGCCGCCGGAGUCGCACGCGCCGUUUCCUCCCACACGGAAAACAUCUACUCCAAGCCAAAGUCCGCCCCGAUGCCCGUCCGGAUCGGCCUCAGCCCCGACCGCAGGGACACCUUCAAAAAGAACAUGGACUCCCUCGCACAAAAGUUCUCCGCCGGCACGGAAAUCGUCAUAAUCGAGCAGAGCUCCGGCAACUCCGGGAACUCGAACCCCCCGACGAGCGCGCGCAGAGCCACCGGCAACCACACCAUGCCCGCCGGCGAGGUCUUCAAAUGCACCCCCGUCUUCAUCCUCGGCGAGGAACAACAAUGCAGCGACAGCGGAAGCGACACCGUCUCCGAAAUCUCAACCGACAGCUCGAGCGAUCGCAGCUCCAUCUACUCCGACGACUCUCUCGACUUCAUCCUCUACGGGAAAACCCAAGGCCGGGCGAGCUUCCCCUUCGCCGGGAGCGAAACCGACCGCUGGGAACGCCACCACUCCCGCGCCUGGCCCCGCGAAUGCAACGGCGUCGUCUCCAAAGCCCUCUCGCGAUUCACCACCACCGACUCCACCGCUAAUCACAAAACCAACAAAAAUAAUCUCACUCUCCUACCGCCCAACUCGAACCGAGCCAAAACAGGACUCGAAGCCCUCCGCGAACGCGGCGGCAAUUUGGUCGUCAUACGCGAACCCGUCCGCGCUGGACGCUACACCCGCUACAGCGAAGUCCAAUGCGAAUCUGUUCAGGCACGAAUUCGCCGAUUUCAAGUCCACGGCGGAUCCUAAAAUAUUUAUUUUUGUAGAAUUUUCGGACGAUCUGACUUACUGGAUUUUCAGCUACGAUUUACGACCGUGGAACUACUGUUUCGGAGGAUUUUUUCUUCUUUCAAGCCCUUUUAAGGAACUUUCAAACGGUCGAAGUUAAUUCCAUUUCUGUCGGGCAUUUCGAGCUCGAAAUUUCAAAAUUCACGUAUUUCGAACCGAAUUUUCGAUUAUUCCCUCCGAGGAUCGUGAAGCAUAGAAAUUCAUCAUUUUUCAGUAUUAUUUGAUAUUGUCAAAUGAAAAUCUGAAUAAACUCGAGUUAAACAAAAUGCAGCUUUCGAUGUUCCGAGUUUCGGAAUUCUUCGAAAGCUCCAAACAACUCUGCGAGGCUCCGACUGAAAUUCAGAGGUUUCGAUGCUUGAAAAAUCUUUCGAAAUUUUCGUCAUUACGAAAUUCCAGGAACGCGUUGAUCGUCCCUUGUACAUACUGUACAGAAAUCUCUGGCUUUUCGAUUUUUCUACGUGAAAAUCGAUCCUGAACCUGGCCUCAGAUAUUUUUUCUUAUUUCGAUCGAAACAAAAGAUUGAAAAAAGGGAUAACUAUUUACGCGACUGUAAAUUGUCUUCGGAAAGACUUCGCUGUACAUUGUCAAUGCCUGAAUAACAUUGUAAAUAUAAAUCUAGAUACGUUACGAUAUUCGCGAAUGAACGAAUGCCUGAAACUGAGGAGUGGAGAUAUUUCGUAUAAAAGAAGAAAUGCUCCAAUUUUUUAUCGUGAAAACGACACUUUUUUUCGAGAGAAUCUCGUCGAAUAUUCGACGAAUAAUGUUAAAAGCGAGUAAACAAAUUUCUGAAGCGCACAAUGAAAAAUUUGGUCUUCAAAAAAUAUGAAAAACCGAAUAAAAUAUGUUGAAAAGUUCAUCGGUUUGGCACCAUUUUGUAAAUUCUACUCGAAAAAUAAAUUUUUCAUCGAAAAAAAGUGUUCGCCUUGAUUUUUUCGCUGUAUUUAUUGAAUUGGAGAUGAAAAUUGAAAGUGUUUCUCGGACGAAUAUCUUGGCUCGAUGUAAAUAGAGAGAAAAUGCAUAGAAUGUCGAAAACACGAGACGUUUUUGUAGCUUGAAUCGUCGAAAAAGUGGAAUGAGAUUUGAAAGAGUGAUAAAGAGUGUUUUAAGGGAGCGAAUGUGAGGGAGAGUUUAGAGAUAAAAUUGUAAAUCGUGUGUGAGAGAGAGAGACGGGAUUAAUCGGGCAGAACAUUUUUAUUUAUAAAAAGAAAUAUAUAUUUUUUGUCUGCCAAUAUCGAUAGACUGACGCUUUGUUGAUCGCGCGAUUGCGAUAAGAGAGAACUCGAUACGAGGGAAAAGAAAGUUUGAAAAAAUCAUAGAAAAAGAAAAAUCGCCAUAUUUAUCGAUCGAUGAAAAUCUCCGUCGGGUUUGUCACGAACAAAUUUGUACGGUCGAUCGAUCGACCGUGAAAUUGCGACGACAAUAACGAAGGUUAAAUAUUAAAUAAAAAAAAAUGUUUAAUACAAAAAUUCCAAGGGAAUUGAACGCGACGGAAAAAAGUGGAAAAAUUUCAAAACAAAACGGCGAAUUGCAAAAACUCCGGUGCCUUCAAUGACAAAUUUUUGAAAGACUGCACAAAAUUGAACGCACAAUCACAACAUUUUUAUAAAACACAAACGCGCAGUGCCUAAUUGCUCGAAUUGUUUGUCUCAUGUUUUGCGUUUUUACGUGUUGUUUAUCAAAGACGAUAAUCGUUCAACAAAGACAAGGAAUCCUAAGAGAAUUUCGACGAAACUUUAAGCUCAAGAAAAAUGUAGAAAAUAUGAAAAAUUUAGGAAUUUUUUUGAUUUUUCGUCUGUUUUUCUCUCGAAUUCGUUAUUGCUAACUGCCCUUGUGUGCCUUAAGCAAAACCCUUGCAAUUUUUCCACAUAAGUGAAGAACAAUUGAAUCUUAAACGAAAUAAUUGCGGAGCGAUUAAUCGUCGUGUGUACAAAUCAAAAUUUAGAGCCUAGACUCGGUUUGCUAGGCAUCUUUAAUUAUCCCUUGCAAAUCCAAGACACACGACGACUUUUUAUGCUCGAAGCACAAAAAGAGAAGCGAGCACAUGCAAUAAUCCUUUGACGAAGGAAAAUUUAAAAAUGGAAUAAAAUUCAUUAUCCCGUCGACGCAAUUGCAUAAAAAUGCAUGUAUUGAAAACAGAUAAUUAUUAUCUAAUUUAGAUAGAAAACAGUUUUUGUGAUUAGAAUCAUGAAUCAUUGUCGACGUUCACAUUAUUCGGUAAGAGCUUCGAGGAGGCAACAUCGAGAGAGACUUUAUUUUAUAAAUGAAUAUUAUAUUAUUUAAUUAAUCAAUUUUUCAAAUUAUCCUUAAAUUAUUCGAUCGAAAUGGCGAAUGAACGUUUCCCAGCGUGUGUGAGUGGGAAAGAAAGAAAGAGAGAGAGAGAGAGAGAGAGAGAGAGAGAGAGAGAGAGAGAGAGAGAGAGAGAGCAUGAGUCCGAAGAUAACGAAAAAAAUGCUGUAAAGGGGCCCCCCGAGCGAGGGAGGGUAACAAUUUUUCUUUUUUUUUUUUUUGUAAAUGCUAGUCAUAAUUGUCACGCGUCCAAUCGAGCUGCCCUCGCACGUGAUCUCCGGUCCCCCGAGGAUUAAUCGAAUCCUGACGAAUCGAAAAAACUGGCCAUUUUACUGUGAACUCUCUGAAAAAAAGCCAUCCGAACAAAUUUCUCAUGGAGAUCGAGACAGCGAAAUGCAGUGAAAUAAAAUCGCACAAAAUAAAUCGAAUUUUUUUCCGCUGCCAAGGAGCUGAGGAGGGGAUGCGUGCUUCCAAGUGAAAAUUUUAGAAACUAUUUAUUUCGUUAUUUUUUAAAGAUCCUAACCGAAAGUACUGUCCUCGUCGAGUAUCUUUUCGUAAUUUUUCUUUUCCCAUUUUUUAUUAUCGUCGUUCUCGUAACUCGAUGAUAUUUAGAGAAAGAUCGAAGCGAGUUAACAACCGAUUGAAAUCACUCUCUCUCUCUCUCUAUCUUGUGAUUCAUCUCGACGCUACGAGAGCACGUUUUUCCUUCGAAUCCUCCACCCGUUCAAUCAUCGUUACAACUACGUUAUACUUUUAUUAUUACGUUAAUAUUAAAUUAAAAACAAUACAAAUUUACUUAUAUCAAAAUAAAAGUAAAAAAUAACUUUUAAAAACUUAGAGACCGAUACUGCUGAAUAAAUAUACGUACAAUCGCGUUACUAAUCAUAAGCCCCCUCCCCUUAAAACCCUUUGUAAAUACUCCAUCGAAUUAAUUGUAUUAAUUGUAGUUACGAUACGAAAAAUAAAUCAUAUUAUAUCUUAUUUGAAAAUGAA